AUGGAAGCUGCUAUCACCGAACUCCUCGACACCGCGCAGAGGUACAUCUUUGCGCCAAAGGCCGGCGAAGCUAUGCAUGGUCUCGCGCGGGACGCAAACUCCGCCGAAGAUCUGACAAAGCUGGUACACGCAAUUUCUCUCACUGCCUUGAUGGCCGGCCUGAAGGAGCUCGCGAGGCCUGCAGUGGCUUCGGAGUACGGUGUUGCGCAUGCCUUAACUAAAUACUGGGAGGUCAUGGCGCCCCCCGGCCGGGAGCAUGAGGAGGUCUUGGUGGCAGUGGUUGCGGGUGCUGAAAUGCAACCGCCGAUCCCUGCAGCCACCAGGCCGGCGAAUGAACCACCGAUCCCUGCAGCCACCAGGCCGGCGAAUGAACCACCGGCGGUCGCACAAAACCAUCUCAGUUCCCAAGACGCUCUCAGCCCGGAAACCGUCCUUGACGGAAUCUACACACGCCAGAUAGAGAUGGGUCCGAUCAUCGCUGACCAGAUGAGGGUGUCGGCUCAGCAACUACGGCAAGUGGAAGAGAGGCUGCAAGUGGCAACACUGCGGGACAAGGCGACUUACCAUGCUCAGCAAAUCAAUCUUGCUGUCUUACCGGAGCUCCUCGAACCGGGCCUUCUUGGUAGGAAGCACAUGCCGAACGACAUGAUGGCGGAGGGGCUCGCGUGGCUUGAGCGGCUUAGCGACUGCAUGUACACGAUGAACACGUACAUCAUGGCGGAGAUAGAGUUCUGGAAUGCAGCCUUAGAUGCAAACGAGGCCGAGUUGUCUCUAUGCCGCCGCGCUCUCGCCACCCAGCAACCCGCCGCGGUCGGCACAUAG